UGGAGCACUGGAAAUUCUGCAAUGGCUAAGAGUGUUUUGUGCUCAACACACUCAUUCCUCGAGUGAUAACCUAGCUAGAAAAUGGCACCAAAUAUUUCAUAAUUCUUAUAUAAAAUGCCUAUUAGAGUUCGCAUGAUUACAUGGUGGUACUAAUGACGCGUAAAUGGUGUAAUUUACCUGAUAGGUGAAUAUAUACAGAAAUUGUGCAAAAAGCGGGUUAAUAUUUUGACCUUUGAUUUCUCUUUCCAACUGCUUUUAUUCUUUCACGUUUCUUUUCAUAUUUGGAUUGGUUUAAACUUAGUCAGUUACACAAGAUUAGUUUGGCUACGUUACGUGCUACAUUAAAAUGAUUUUUCUGGAGUAGCCUCAUAAUCUAUUGUCCAUCCUUACUUCUUAAACUUUCUACCUUUUUGUAUACAGAGCCUAGUCAUGAACCACCUGGUUGAAGCCAUGGUCGACCUUCCCCUUCUUUAGGUUUAGGGGUGAAAGAAAUAUUUCACGCAAAAUGCCUAUUAGAGUUCGCAUGAUUCCAUGGUGGUAUCAGUAACGUGUAAAUGGUGUAAUUUGCCUGAUAGGUGAAUAUAUACAGAAAUUGUGCAAAAAGGGGGUUAAUAUUUUGACCUUUGAUUUCUCUUUCCAACUGCAUUUUAUUCUUUUCACCUUUUUCAUAUUUGGAUUGGUUUAAACUUAGUCAGUCACACAAGAUUAGUUUGGCUACGUUACGUGCUACAUUAAAAUGAUUUUUCCGGAGUAUCCUCAUAAUCUGUUGUCCAUCUUAAUUCUUAAACAUUCUAACAUUUUGUAUACAGAUUGUGACAAUAGGUGAUCUAAAACCAGAGCCUGUUCUUUGGCACGAGGACUCUGGGAGGAGACCCAUGGAAAAUGGAAGGCAUAAUCACAAUACCAAUGGAGCCAUUUCUGGUCGGCAUCUUGGAGAGGCUGCACAUCGACUUGUUGCUAAUAGUUUGCAGGUAAGGGCAGAUGGGAACUGUCGUUCCAAUCAUAUAUAUGCCCCGCAUCCAUCGCAUGCCAGUGCUUAUAGCCAGCGCUAUCCUCCGUACCAUCAAAAUCCGUACUCUAGUGAUGAACGGGUAAUGAUGCAAGGUACUUCAGGAUAUUAUCCUGUGAAUGCUGGAGAUCAUCACAGGUCUUCAGUUUCCACAUCUUAUAGACAACCGUAUGCUUCUCCUCCCCUUAAUAAUGCUCAGAAUAGAUAUAAUUAUCCUCGCAAUGAGGGCAAUGGAAGGUCUGGACCUCAGGGUCGGGAUUAUCAUUCCCGAAAUGGAUACAACCGUCAGGGUAGGCAACAAAAUGGUGGACGCGGUUACCCUUCACAUCCUGCCCGGGAUAUGGGUCGAGCUCCGAUACCUCCAGGUCCUUAUGUUUAUCAACAGGGUGGAUACAGCGAUUUAGGGGCCCACCAAACUUACAUGGGUGGGAGUUAUAACCAUAUGGGUGGGAGUUGGGUCCCGCCAGUUAACCCUAGUGUUGGCCGAGGAUCCAGCCAUCCUCGCCCAUCGGGUAACCAAUUCUCUGCUUUAGGUAGGGGAGGAAGUCGAAGACCACCGCCUUCAGAUCAUCGCAGAUAGAGCUCGUAUGUAUUGCCUAACCUAUGUGGCGGAAGUGUAAUGGCAAUGUUCUACUAUGUAGUCUAUAAGUUACUUGGGAUUUUAUGUCAAAUGUUCAUUAAUUUUAACUUUUAGCUUCUGUUUUAUUAGUUCAGUGUUGUAUUAAUGGCCAAGGCCAAAUCUAGUUAGGCUGAUGGGAAGAGUUUGGGCCGUCGGCUUUCUCAUUCUUUUCAUUAUUUGUUUAGUAUACUUCGCCUCAUAAAGAAUAGGCAGCCUCUGUUCCAUCCCCCGCCCACUGACAUGGAAAAUCUUGCAGAUGGCAUUCGUUCGUUAAAAAUACUUGCUUUUUCUG